CUGCCAUGUAGUACCCUCCCUGCACAAUUAGCCAAUCAGCAGCGCGCUCUGCCAACCAGGAGGACGCAUAAAAGAAGAACAUUGCAGCAGAGGCACAGAAGGAGACUGCGAGAGGAGCAAGGAAUUACACACAAAAACAACAGAACCAGAACACCCUCCCCUGGACACACCCUGCUGAGGAUCACUGCUUCUCUUUUUUCUGAACCAUCGCCCACGCCACUCGGAGAGAACGCUCUCCCUCAUCAUCAUCCAGUAGAAAACCCCUUUCUCCUCAUUUUCAUCCUAUAGAGGACACCUACAAUCUCAGAGGGCUGAGAUCCCUUGGCGAAGAUUGUAUUUUUUUCCUUUUUUUCUUUUUUUUUCUUUUCAUUUUAACUCCUGAACAGAAUACAAGGGCCAUAUAAUAUAAAGGCCGAAGAGAAUACUCAGCCCUCAGCUUCAAGACCAGUGCAAAGAAGGACCUAGAUUUCUUUCAUUGUACGUCAAGAAUGGUUACUCAGAUAAUCAGCACCAUGGAAACCCAGGUGUCCAACGGUCCAAGCGGAACCAGUCUGCCCAAUGGCCCAGUCAUUAGCACAAAUGGCUCCACAGACGACAGCAAAACCAAUCUGAUCGUCAACUAUCUGCCUCAGAACAUGACCCAAGAAGAAUUCAAAAGUUUGUUCGGUAGCAUCGGAGAGAUUGAGUCCUGCAAGCUAGUCAGAGACAAGAUAACAGGUCAAAGUUUGGGAUACGGUUUUGUAAACUAUGUGGAUCCAAAUGAUGCUGACAAGGCCAUCAACACACUCAACGGUCUCAAGCUGCAGACUAAAACAAUUAAGGUAUCUUAUGCCCGGCCAAGCUCGGCUUCCAUUCGUGAUGCCAACCUUUACGUGAGUGGACUCCCCAAAACCAUGAGUCAGAAGGACAUGGAACAGCUGUUCUCCCAGUACGGUCGCAUCAUCACAUCCCGUAUUCUAGUGGACCAGGUUACAGCAGGCAUAUCACGAGGAGUGGGCUUCAUCCGGUUUGACAAGCGAAAUGAAGCAGAGGAGGCCAUCAAAGGCCUGAACGGACAGAAGCCUUUGGGUGCCGCCGAGCCCAUCACUGUCAAGUUCGCCAACAACCCCAGCCAGAAGACAGGCCAGGCCUUACUGACUCAGCUGUACCAGACUGCUGCCCGCCGCUACACGGGACCCCUACACCACCAGACUCAGCGUUUCAGUGUGAUCCCUUCACUUGGAAAGGGACCAGAUCCAAAUAACAGCUCAAAACCAAUACUCGACAAUUUACUAAACGCCAGCUACGGAGUCAAGAGUUCUCCUACUCUCUUCCCCAGAUUCUCACCUAUCACCAUUGACAGCAUGACCAGCCUGGCCGGGGUCAACCUCACUGGUCCAACCGGAGCUGGCUGGUGCAUCUUUGUGUACAACCUGUCCCCUGAGGCGGACGAGAGCGUCCUGUGGCAGCUCUUCGGGCCUUUCGGUGCCGUCACCAAUGUCAAGGUCAUCCGUGACUUCACCACCAACAAAUGUAAGGGCUUUGGCUUUGUCACCAUGACCAACUACGACGAAGCUGCCAUGGCUAUCGCUAGCCUUAAUGGCUACCGCCUGGGUGACCGUGUGCUGCAGGUUUCCUUCAAGACCAGCAAGCAGCACAAGGCCUGAGAGAGAGAGGCUGCUGGUGCCAGCUCCUUCGACCUGCAGGGAGAGCAACCCAAGCUCUCUGUGCCAUCACUCUACAUGGGCCUGGACUGAGUCUCUCUCUGACAUACUCUCACACAAAUUCAUGAAAUGAAAUCACAAACACAGACAUGCAAAUUCACACAUAAAUGCACGCACAUGCCACAAACAUAUCCAUACGCAAGCAUACACAAGUCAGAGUUUCAAACAAACACACUAGUGGAGUUUUUCUUUUCUCUUUACACAACAUGCUAGUCCUUCCCUAUAUUUGCCUGGAUUGAAUUAGAAGGGGUACGUAGCUGGUUUGUUGGGUAGGGGCAAGAGCUAUCUAUUUAGGAGACAGUCUAACGAAUGUGACGGAGAAUGUGUACUGAGUGCUUUGAUUGAAUUCAGGCAAAUAAUGACAACUGAUGAACAAAAUGAUCAAAAAUUUAAGUGAACGAAUAUGUGCAAUUUACCCAAACUCUUACCCCACCAUCUCUCCCAUUAUCUUGCUGGAGAGGAUGUAGUCACUUUUUUACACUUGGGCAUUUUGAAUCAGCGAUUUUUUUAGAUCAAAGAAAAUGAAAGUAAAAAACAGUGUUCUCUUAUAUACGUCUAUUAAAAUAUAACUAUAUAUUCAAUAUUUAAGGUGGUUAUAAUAGCCGAGUAUGUAAGCAUUUUCUAGAAACUUUGACUACUGUUUCCUGACCUGCAUUAGGUGGUGCCUAGCGUAAAGGCAGUUUCUCUACCCUAUCUGAGCUUGUUAGCUCAGACCCAAUAUGAUUUAGUUAACUAAAUGAAUACUGGUCACAGAAAAGAGUAGUCCGAAGGCCAUCAGAAUCACUCUUUCCCUCACAGUCUCACGCCAAACAAAAUAGUACACUCAUAUAUCACAGAAACACAGUUCAGUAACUAGAAGACUUACACAUAUUUAGUCCACUAAAGCUGUAUUUUUUCUAAUCUCUCCUCAAGAUGGAUUUAAUACAAGCAGACAGUCUGUGAACUUAGAGCAGAGUGGCAGCGCUCCCAUGGUGACAAUGUUCAUUAGUAAUUCUCUGGUGGGCGACAGAGUGAUGAGUGUGAGGGGAAAACCGUUUCACCAUAACACAGCCACGUCAAAGGAAAAUACCGGUGUUUUUUCACUUUUUGCGUCAUUAUCUCAUCUGCACCUGUGUUUUUAACAUUACCCACAGGCCCUUUUAUUUUGCAUGGCACUGUCAGCCAUGAUCAGGUGUCAGAUCCUUUUACCUGAGAGGUCAUUUGGUGUCAAAACAAAAUACAAAGAAGGCAUCCAAGACAGGCAAAUGAUGUUGUUUUUGCUCAGACGUUUUGAUUAUGAAUGUUACUGCACUCAAGAGGCGCAUGUCUUAUGACUGAAUGACAUUUUUAAUGUGAUUACAAUCUAAGUAGCUGGAAAAAGUAAUUGUCAAACACCACACGCAUGGACUGAGCAAUGGUCAAGGCAGGUCUGCACAAACAACACAUAUGAGCAAAAACUCAAGAGCACCGGUAUUAUUCUUCAGUCUAGUGCACAGAUAGAAGCUCCCUGAAUAAAUUAGGUCAAUGUUUUACAUUUCAGCAGAAUACAUGGGAUCUACAGUAACAACACGAGUAGAGUAGAUUAAGGGGACUGCAGUUCCUAAUGACUGAACAUUUAAAACUGACUUAGAGUCACGAGUGUGAGCGACUAUAUCUGCCAAUUUAAAUAGUGAUCACUGAUCCGUUGAGGAGAAAGAUUACCGGCUCCUCCAACUUUGCUAAAUGCUCCUCGGUUUUACUGAAGAACAUUUAAAACCCUUCAAUUCUCUUAAAAGCUUCCUAAAAACUUUGAACUCCUGCCCUCUCAAAAGAUGACUGUACAACAUCAAGCUUGCAAAUAAGUGUCAUAAUUAUACUUCUGUUGACAACAGAAAAAAAAUAUUUAUUUGCUUCAGAUCUGUUUGACACUACUACAAAAAUAGCAUUCAUAAAAUAUCCCCACCCCAACUGCAUGAAGAUUAUUUAUGGCACCCUUGAUGAAACAUUAAAGCCAACCUGUCUAGUUGAAAUGUCUGUUAACAGCCCAGACUUAAGAUUACCAUGGGGAGAGCUAAUGUCUUUCAAUAUCAAGACAUCUGCACAUGAUAAUAGAAUAAAUAAGGUCAACUAUAUUCAAGACAUUUUUGCUUUUGCUUUUCUAAAUGACGCUGUGUUAGCCAAAGAGGACGAUCUCUUUGAAAGGAUUACAUUAGAGAUAAAUCUAUUUUUAUACAUACAAAGGAACAAGACCUUGUGCUGAAUUUUUACAGAUUCUUAAGCUUGGAAAAAUUGGGACAUCGCAUGGCUUUAUUUUAAACCCUCUGAUCUUUGCAGAGCAAGGGGGAAUAAGCAUGCGGUGUAUGGGUGGGGAUUUAGGGAGGGGGCGAAGGAACAAUGUAUCUCAUACAAACUUAGCUGUCUAACCAUAUCAAAAUGAUUGAAACAAACUUAACAAAAAAGACAAAAAAACAAAUUUGAUGUAAAACGAAAAAAAUGCUACAAUUAAACAGUUGGGGAUAUAACCUGACAGACACAUCUAUACUUUUGAGUGCUUAGACACACUCACAUCUCUUGUCCUGAAGUUGUGUACAGUGUUGCUUCAAUGAUGGUGCAGUGAAGUGAAGUUCUUUGACUUGAGAAUCCCAGACAAAAGCUGCAGUGAGAGCGGCUCAUUGCCCAGCUGAAAAACCGAAUAGCUGCUUGCAAACAAAAAGGUAAAACGCAGAUUCAAACAGUGACGCAGAUUCAUAAUGAACAUUGAGCAUGAGUCUUUACGAUUAGAUAGAUUUGAUUUUUGCCAAAGAAUUGCUUUGCAAGUCAGUACCAAGAAGGAUAAAUUAAGACUAUAUUAUUCCCUGAGUAAUUGCUGUACAAAUCUAUGUUAUUUAUUGAAUAAGGACCCUCUACAAUUUCAGUUAUCAUUACUUUUGAACAUAUAAGUUGCGCAUAUCAGUUUACAUUUGUAAAUCUUACAACCACUAAACCAAAUGCUAAAAUGAAGCAGAUGCAAGCAAUCCCAUUUGCACACAUUUCAUGCAGACACCGAAUGACAGAAGGCAAAUCGAAAAUAACGCUGAAUCAGUUCAUCUCUCUACAAGGAAAAAUGCAUCAACGUAACGUAUUUCCCCUGACAUUUAAAUCAUCCGCUUUGUCUUUAUCCUUUAAAAAUGUUAACAUUGCACCCCUUCAAACAGACUGACACGUUCCAAUUUGACUCAUACUGUUUCAUCCCCUGAAAUACUCUGAAUGCUUGUUGCUGGUGUGUCCCGAGCUGACCACACGAAGGAUUAAUCUAGCUAUUUUGGGUCAAGCAAAUUGCAAGAGAUAGCACAGUAGGACUGAGCACGUGGUAAGACCAGUGAUCGACGUUCGGAACAACCAAGAUAACAGGCCGCGGUGAACUGCAGCUGGAGCUGUUUAGCCAGCCAUGUCCGAUGUAGUACAGUCAACCCACAAACCAAACCCACAGCCCAAAAUGACCUUUCAUACACAGUCUAUACAAAGACCUACAUCCGAUGUACAGCAGAGAGCCAAGGACCAUGGCAGGAAACAGUACUACACUGCUUGAGCAACAACAAUAAUCAUUUAAAAACACAAAAAAAACUUUCCUAUGGAACAGUAAGUGCAAUGUGCUUUGUUUUUAUAUUGACUGAGAACAAAUGAUAUAUAUUUUUUAAAAAAGAAACUAAAUGUCACACUGAAAAGGUUUUGCGGAAUCGUGAAAGGAGCAAAAACAUUCAAACGAACAGAGUCAUUAAUAAAUCAAACAAGCAAUGAGAGCUCUGAUCUUAAAAUUUCCAUAAUCACUCCCUCAGCCCCUAAUUUGUGCUCUGACCAUGCAAGCUCAAAAACAAACUGCAUAUUUGGCUGACUUAACAGAGGAAACCUCAACGACCUUGAAAGGAAUACUGUCUAAUAUAUCAUCAGUUUUAGCCCAUGUCAAUUUCAAAUAUCAUUUUUUUUCCUGUAAUUUAUUGAUUUCAUUUACAUAUCAAGACUCACUUGUUAAAUUAGCGUAUUUGUGUUGUUGAUGUUGCCAUAGAGAACACACAUGGGUCAAAGAUUAUGUUUGGUUGCAUUGAUUGGGUACAGUUUGUUCUUUUUCUUCCAUUAUUUAAUUAGUUGCAGUUUUUACAGUGUAUGCAGAUUUUAGACUUAGUUAGAUUUUUUUAUUUCAAUCAAACUGUGUUCAAUUGUGUUUGUAAAGUCUGUGGUAGCUUUUGUUGCAACAUAAAAUAAUUUAAACAGAAAAAAUUCAAAAUAGCGCCAACAAACUUGUAUUAUUUGGGCGACUUUAAGCUUGUAGUUUUAACUUAUUGUUAACUUAAAAACUAUUUAUUAUGAUUAUUAUUAUUGCCUCGUAUAAAGUAUGUUUUGUGUAUAUUUAUGGUUUAUUUCAUUAUAUUUGCAAGUUUAAAAGAUUUUAAGUUUGCCAAAAUUGUGGUUACACCAUUUCGUUUCUUAAAAGGGGGACAAAUAGAAAAACAGCUUUAGAAGUACGAUUUGGAAACGUUCUCCAUAGUCAAAGAAUGCACUGCUAUAUUUAACUAAUUGAAGUGUAUAAACAUACAUGCUGUGUGCUAGAUGUUAUGCCUUUACUGCCUGUGUUCUGUUUGUCUUGUUAAAUGAAAAUCUUUUAAUUAUUUAAUCUAAUCACAGUCUUGUUUUUUCAACCACUCGGUGAACCCCUAAGAAAUGGAGCAGCCCCUGUAGCAAGGCUUUGGCCCAAGCGAGGGUCCAACAACUAGCCAGGAACAGAGGGGAUGUCCUCGGUUUAAUACGCUCACAAGAAUCUUUCCUGUUUAUGCUGAUGGGUUUGAUUUACAAAAAAAAAAAAAAGGAUAUUAAGGGUUCCGUUUCUGCAAAAGCAUUGUAAUACUGAGAUCACCUGUAUCAAUUUCACUAUCAAUUUGUGCUAAUGAAACAAAGGCGUUUCUUUUGCAUAUAAAACCCAGCCAAGAGCUCAAACUAAAUGUUACAGAGCUCAGAAAAGCUGCAGGAAGGUUUUCUUGGGAGUUAUUAGGGUAGUAAAGGGGUGAGUGGUCCUUCUGUUUCUCAACCAACUGUAUUUUGUGUCUAUUUAUUUAGAAGAGGGGACGCAGUAACUUAGUGAUGUUUUUCUUACAUUUUCCUGCAAUGGUAGAACAAAUCAAAGGUGAAAAUGAUCAAAAACUGUUCUGUUGACACCAAUGUCAGUGGAAAAAAUACAAAAUCUCAUACUUCCAAACAUGACCAAAUGAACAAUGUCAAAAUUUAACAGAAAAAAAAAUAAACCUUUCAGUUUAGACUAGGAUAUUUAUUACUGGGAUUUCAGCUGAAGACGCUUGAAGACUUUUUCAUGGAAUUGUUUAAUUAUUUGUACUUUACAUGCCAGAAAAAAAUAAAAUAAAAGUUACAAAUAUGA